GAGCUUGCUUUGGCUUUCCCGCUUGUGCUCCAGAACCUGACCUAUGCUUCUGGGAUCAUUCGCGAUGGGGACAAGAUGGUGGACAGGAGCAAAGUCACCUAUCACCCCGGAAAGUUCGCAAGUGACGAAGAGUUCGUGGUGGACAAAGCUGCGGGCUUCUUUGCCGUGCUUCAUGAUUUCAUUUCGCUGGACCCAGAUGGACAGGCUGCUGCAACGGCGUGCCCGCACGGACUCAUUCCAAACAUCAUGCCGUGCAUCAAGGCCGCCUCUUGCGUGAUUCAGUCUGCCGUUCCCGAUGUCGUGGACAUGGAGAUCUAUGCAGGCAUGCUUGAACAGAUGACCAGGUUUGAACAGAUCCUGUGGCCCCUCUUGAGGGAUGGGCUUAUGCAUGAGACAGGUGGAGAGACACUUACUGACGACCUCGUCUUCCCAGAGGCAUACACCUGCGAUGACAGCGUGCACACACCUGACCCAAGCGUACCCACAGUACCCGCAGCAUUGACGCAGCUGACGGCUUCGACCGAGCAUGCCGCAACCUUGGCCAUGGCAGCGGCUAUGCAUGAGGCAGCUGUCGCAAGUCAUCGGGUGAUGGACUCCCACGUGGCAAACAGUUCGAUGGAUGCCACAAUUAACAAGCUUCAGCAAACUUGGCAUGAUGUUUGCCAAAAGACUGGUUGCGAUCACACGAACUAUUGGGACAUCUUCUUCCGGCACCACGAGCACACCUUGAACUUGAUUGCUGUUGGUCACCCAGCGCUGCUCCGCUCCGACAUCAAGAUGCGCUUCCAGCUGCAGCACCGGGUGCAGAGCGCAUCCCAGGAUAAUCAUCGAGACUUCAGUUUCAUUGAGAAGUAUGCUCGCAUGAACCAAGAGCAGACAUAUUCCUGGGAUGUGGCCGUGGCCUACCAUCGCAGAAACAAAGAGGCUUUGAAUUCACUCGCCAUGGAGAUCGUCAACUCUCUCCCCGAGUCCAGGACGGAACGCUUGGUUGACAGGCAGAAGCUGAAAGAGGAAGAUCCAAAGGUCGAUGCAUUUGGCAUCAGUCGAUCAUGGCUGGGUGAAGUUCCCAGUACUUUCGUCUUUCUCUACCAAGGUGUGACAGGCAAUGCCCAGUGGGCCCGUCGUCGCCGUCGCCGCCGGUUCUGGAAGGCGAUUGUGGCUGCUCCUUGUUGUAUGUUGGAGGGGGGACAGUCGGUCGUGCAAAGGGUCGCGAAAGCCAUCGGAUCGCUACUUUCAUGCAUCGGCGACUUCGGAAAAUUUGCCGCCACAGGCUACACCAGAGCUUUCAGUACCAGCACGGCCGGGAGCGUCGGGCUCAGCGCAGGCAGUACGAACUUCUUGAAGGAUAUCCUUGGGGGAAGGAGACCCUCUGGCUGGAUCUCACUCGAUAUGGGGUUCUCCGUUGGAUCCACGAGUGAGGUCUGGUGGGCAGGUUCAGGGUUCAGCGGCUCCCUUGUUUGCGAUACCAAUGGCGCGUGUUCAAUCUACGUCGCUGUGGCCUUGCUAGCUACUGGGAAUGCGAAAAACCCAUGGAACCCGCUGUGUCCCAUGGGUCCUACUUGGGCCGGCAUGGACUGCAGUCACUGCGCAGGGGCAGCUGUGACCAUUUUGUGCUGCAAUUUUGAUCUCACGAAUGGACAUAACAGCUGCAGGUAA